GUCACACGACGUUUUCUCUCGUUUGUUAUAUUUGAAAGUUAGCUUCUUCCCUUUCAUACUACUUGACAAAUAUUAUAUCAUGGGAAGAAAGCUUGAUGCUCUCCUUGGCCGGAAAUUCAAAACCUCCAAGCUCAAAGCUACCGUUAACCUCGCCGUGGCACGUAUCGUCAUCCUCAAAAACCAACGUCAAAGUCGCCUAGAUGUGGCUCGGUCCGAUAUCAUCCAACUCCUCAACCUUGGCCACCAUGAACAUGCUCUUCUUCGGGUUGAUCAGCUGAUCAAGGAGCAGAACAUGUUAGAUGUGUAUGUAAUGGUGGAUGGAUAUUGUCAUCUACUUAUGCAAAUGGUCAAUCUCAUUGAACAAGAAAAGGAAUGCCCAGAAGAACUAAGAGAAGCAACAGCAAGUUUGCUAUAUGCAUCUCCAAGAUGUGGGGAAUUCCCAGAGCUUCAAGAGAUUCGUGCAAUCCUUACGGCUCGUUAUGGCAAAGAUUUUGCUCGUGGUGCUAUCGAGUUACGAAAUAAUUGUGGAGUUAGUAUUAGGAUGAUUCAGAAACUGACACCCCGACAGGCGGGCUUGGAGGCCCGAAUGAAGACUCUACAAGAGAUUGCCAUGGAGAAUGAUAUCAUUCUCAAACUGGACGAUCCAUCUCCAGUGAUUAAAAAGGAUGAAUUGGGUGUUGAACAAAAACAGAAUCAACCAACAAGUAGUGGGAUUGAAAAGAAUUCGGGUGAUUUGGACAAUGAGUUUGAUGAAGAAAUGAGUUUUUCCGAGUCUAGAAAGGGAAAAAAGAAGUAUAGGGAUGUGGAAGAUGCUGCACAAGCUGCAUAUGAAGCAGCCGAGUAUGCAGCAACUGCAGCCAGAGCUGCGGUAGAGCUUUCUCGAUCAAGAUCUUUUGGUUCUGAUAAUCCAGAUAGUCCCAACUCUCGAUUAAGAUCAUUUGGUUCUUAUAAUCCAGAUAGUCCCAACUCUCGACCAAGAAAAGUACUGAGUUCCAAAGAAAAAUUCCCAAUGGAUUAUGAAAAAAACCACGAAUCUGACACCGAGUCGGAAACUGAACCUGAACAUGAACCCAAUGUGACUAUUGUUGAGAAAGAGGAUGAAAUAUUAAAGAAUAACAAGAAACAGCAAGUUGGAAAUACCACUGUUUUUGAUGAAAGUGACAAUGAAAUUGAAAAGGAACCUACUGGCUUUUCGUUAUCAAGAAACUAUGAUGAGAGUUUAAACGCAAAACUAGACUUUGGUUUUGAAAACACUGAACCACAGUAUGAUGAAGGGCCGAAAAUGCAGCAGGGAGUGCAGCAACUAGAUUUGACAAAAAAGCCGAUUUCUGUUAGGAACAAACGAGUGUAUGGACGGUAGCAAGCGUUAAAAGGGUGUGACGGAUGUUCAUUUGUUGCCAUGAGCGUGUUGCGUGUACAUUGGCUAUAUAUUUCAUUUGUUGGUUUCUGUUCUGUAGACUGCAGUACUUUUGAGGGGGUGGUGAUUUUUUGAUUCAGUUUGUGUAUGAAGAACAUUAUUUUCCAGUACAAAUUAAGUUUAUGUCA